GCGGGAGAACGACGCAGCACGGCCUGGCAAGGCGAGCGCGGAGCGAAGCGUGAAACAGAGCGGCGCGAAGUAGCAUGAUGGGCGUAAAAUGGCGAUGGCGUGCGACGGUGUGCGUUGGAGAUUUCGUGCAGGCAAGAUAGGAUGGGGACGGGCGAUGGCACGUCGUCGGUUGCAGUGGAGUGGAAUGGGGAUUGUGCCGAGGAGAAGGGGUUGGAAUGGGGGUCAGAAGGCAUUCGCUAUGAAAGCCUUCGGCGGCAAUCGAGAUGGGAAUGCCUUGAAGAUGCUCUUACCCAUUGAAUUCCUCAGCAAGACCAACGGGUAUAGGAAAAGUGGUCAAUUCCCGACGGUCGCCGCUGGUCACCAGCUCUCGUUACCUCUUGUCCCGUUCGAUGCUCGUGUCGAGAGUCUCGCAGGCUUAUCAACGUGCUCUAGCGAUCGGCGGCAGGUCGUAUCGACCCCGCAACAACCUGCCGGCGGGAAGCAGAAAGUCAUUACUUACCAGAGGCGUUCGGGCGGUGGUCCAUCGGGAAACCUUUUGAAGAAGAAGGGGCUCCCCAUACCUCCUUCGGAUCUUCCUGGAAGCUCGCGUUCUGGUGCCAUCUCGCGCUCGCGGGACACCGCUCAACGUGGAACAGAUGAGGAGUCGGACGAAGAAACGGAAGAAGACGAACGGGUUCACCGAAUGCAAUCAGGGUUGUUAGCGACACCUCGGCACAUCCAGGGCGAAGGCUCUUGCGAUGUGAAUGUGGGGCGGGAAGCUGGUGGAGGUGCCGAAGCCCAGGUGAGGGACGAUGGGGAAUACGACGAGGAUGAAGGGGAGUGUGGUACUGGAGAGCGUCGAGAACAGGUUGGAGGAGGGGCAGACCAUAUGGAGUGGGAAAAGGUUGCGGCGGGCAGUGGGGUGGGCGGUGGUGCUGUGCGUGGUUCGGAAAUGGGAGACGAGGAAUUGGAAGACGAAGGAGAAGACGUGGAUGCUUCCGCGGGGCUUGCUUCCAAGGGGAGGGGAAAACGCACUGCACAAUCGUCGCCGAAGCCUGCUGCGCCUAAGAAACAGGCUCGAAGAAAAGCUGUGGACGAAGCUCGGGUCGCCUUGGAUGCAUCUCAAGGGACGCUUGGUGACGUCGAUGUGAAAUGCAAAUCAAGUGCUCGGAUUCGCAAAACGUCACAACCCAAGAAACCCGUGCGACCAUCAAGGCGUCAGAAAUCGGACGACUCCAGCGACGAUGUUGAAGGCGUGGCCCCUCGCUUGCUCUCCCUCCCUGACGACGAUGAGCAGGAGACGAAGAAACCCAGUGCGGUCAAUAUGACGCAGUGCUUCUUCCUCGAGUACGACGACGACGGCAAAAAGAGAAGAGACCCGCCUAGGGUGGUGAUUGACGUUGUGCAGAUUCUUCCAAUUCUGGCGGGAGAUAUAACCUUCAACCAGCGAUCGCUGAACUUGGCCAUCGUUGCAGGCAUCGAUGCGGCAAUCGAGGCAUCAACUCGUCCAAGGUCCGCGGAUGAUCCGGCCCCGUGGGAUCCAUCGGAGUUGGUGCUGGCUCCGAUUAUGCCAUCGCUUGAGCAUCCAGACAGCCAAGGGACACGAGUCCUUCCGCAGGACUUCGAUCCCGAUAGGGCAAACGAGUAUUUCUAUUACCCGGUUGCCGGUCAACAUACUUUCGAAGCUAUGAAAAGAGCAGUGGCGAGGAAAUCUGAAGCCGUUGAGGUGUUCGGCUUUCGGAAUUAUGAUCGUGUACGGAUCAUUUAUUUCGACGACGACCACACGAACGGGUACAUGUAUGUUUCGACAUACGACAACACGAGAGUUGACUGUGCUAUGUUACCGUCGUUCCACCAAGCCUGCGAGGACAUCAGAGGAUUUUGGGACUUGAAGAAACGGAUCGGGCCAGUGGGGAACGUGUCCAAAGGGGAUCCCACCGUGGUAAAGGAAUUUUUUCAGAAGUUCGAGGCGGGGGAGUUGCCGCUACACGACAACAAAUGCCUGAAGGACUUGCCGGGGAAGCAGGAGGGGCGGUUGCCGGGCCAAUUCACCGAAGAGGUGCAGGGGAAGAAGGAGGUGUUCCAUUGCAUAGCGGCUAGGGACGGGGGACCGAACGCUACAGUGUCCUUCAAAGAUCUCGUUCCGUCAAACUUCAAAUGUUUUGGAGAUAUGACGGCACGAGAGAAAGAAAUUGCAUUGCGGUUGAUGAUAGAUAAGAAAGUCAUCGCCACUACUAGACUGGUUCCUCCUGGGAAGUUGAAUAUGACCAACCUCCUCGACAUCAUAAUGCGUGAGAGGUACAUGAUGCGUCUGUUCAACUACAUCGUCUUCGAAUCGGAUAACAGAGAGACGAAAGAAUGGAAGGACGGGAACUUCUUCGACUAUGAAAACGUGGAGGAGAGGUUUGGCAUUAAGGCAGGCAAAUGGGAUGAGGAAAGGGAUAGGAUCCGUUUGGAAUACGUCCGGAGGGUUCCGAAAAGACUCGGCGGAGAGCAAGAGGAAAAAAACCUGAAAGGAGCUGGUCUAAAGGUCACGGAGGCAUUGUACAGGGACGCGCCAUUCCACUUCAAGUACUUCGUGUACCACGCCAUAGGGAAAGUGGACUUGCUGACAGUCGAGUUGCAACGGUUGAAGAACGAUGCGCUUCAUCUGUGCUGGGAGAAGAAAGGGCGACGGUCGACAUUGCUGCCGGUCAACAUGCACCCGAAGGAGUUGCUGCCCGCGACCGAUGAAAUUGUGACUACAGCCACGAACUUGAAUUGCAAGGCCGCCAUCCUCGAUCUCGCAAACCCGAAGGACUGCCUUGCAUGGUCGCCGGCCGAUUUCGAUGCUCUGCACAAAAUGAUGUCGAAAUUGUGCGGCAGUAAUCGGAUUCUGAUUGUUUUUACCCCGCAAAAACAACAGAAGAUCGUCAUGCGGCAACUGUACAACUGGGACGACGCAGAGGUGAUACCUGGGACUUGGAAACAUUAUCUCGUUGGGACGGCUGUCAGCAAGUACGGAAACUUGCAAGCCGACUACAAGGACACGAUGGCGGUCGUCCUGCAUGCCGAGGGCGGCGAUCUCAGGAAGGUCACGAGGAUCCCUAAGUCGGAGGCGGAGCUAGUGAAGCUUCACGUUGAGGAGGAGAAGUUCAAGAGGUGCACAGCAAAGCACGGCGGCGAUGAAGGAAACGAACGAGAGGAAUAUGGGCGGUGGGAACGACAUCCGACACGGAUGCAGAAGCUAUGUAGUUCAUUUUUGCACGAGGAUCAGGGGGUGUUACUUAUCGGAAAGCCACAUGCUGGACUUGUGUGGGAGCUUCUGCGCGCGGGCUAUCAUGUUUUUGCAUGCGACGGGUCGUCCAAAAACAUCUCGUACUUGACGAAGGCCAUCGACAUUCUUGGGAAGGACGCAAGAAACGAUUGCRCGGUKGAGAGGCAGAAGACGRYGCAKCGYCYGRACAGAKAUAUGUACCACAAGCUGGGCAAGAAGAGAAACAAGAUGUGGGACUAUCUGUUCCAAGGCCAACCCAAAUCGCCAUUCGAGAAUGACUACAUAAGUGUGCCAGCAUGCAGCGUGCCGAACGAGAAUCAAGAAGAAGGUCGCAAGAAAUCGGGAGGUGCGAGCAGUCCAACGCGUGACGUGACCGACAGGGCGAGUUCCGUUGAACAGAUGCAAACGGAUUCGCCUACGCCCCUCCAAUCACUUGAGAAUACAUUGAUUCAUGGCAAUCGUUACGGGCUCCAGGGGAGACAUCGCACUCUUCGAGGAAACACGGAACACAACAUGAUGGCAGACGACAAUGAGGAUGACUUGGCGGUUCCAGAUGCCCUUCCAAGGCUGAUGCCUGGUGAUGAUAUUCCCGAUCGCAUUGUGCAGGUCAGUGAACAACCGUACUUCAUUGAAGACAAGGUGCCAGAAACGACGUCUGAGAAGUGGGGACACCACAUUUUGUGGCACACAGACGUAUUCGAGCCAUGCAUUUUCAAGGGGGAGUGGAUGAUGGCACUGCAUCUAACAUCAGGAUGGAAAGUCAAAGCCAGACUGGCAGAAGUACCGUGGCUGAAAGUGACGAAGCGCGAAAUCGUAUUCUGUGUCAAGUGCGAAAACGAUGGAGCGGACGAGGCGGCGAUUGAGCAGAAGGCUCAAUUGCUAUUCGAUUCUUUGCACGUCAGCAAUCAGCUGGAAUACAAACACAAGUUCUAUGAUUUGCCGUCAAGCCGGUCAUACAAGACCAUCGAUUGGAAGAUCGAACUUCCUGCAUGUCAAGGCAUCGAGACAAUCCAGUCGGGAUGCUCACAACUUGGGGGCCAGUCGACGACGCACUUUGCUGUCAGUGUCGGGGAAGCGAUGAGUCAAACUAAUGUCAAGAUAAUGGGGGUGGACAAGGGAACACGGAAUGUCGAUAAAGAUCCUUCGAACGUUGCAUCGUGCGGGCCUCCUCUAUUUACUCAGGCGGAAAACCAGAGUGCAUCGCAGAUGGAGAGUCCCACUCCUUCCACAAACGUGGCAAAUUCAGAUCGAAUGCAACAAGGUGGGUAUGCAGAACAUGCGAGUGAGGUGCAAAAAGAUUCCAAUGAGAUGAUGAAACUGUUGGAUGAGGCGGAGAAGGAUGGGAAGAGGAAGCUUGAGGGAUCAACCACGUCCCAGACGGUGAUUAAUUGUAUAUCGUUAAGCGAUGAAGGGGUAGACGUACAUAUAGAGAGGCAUGAUGACAAUGAGGAUGCAAGGGAUAAUGUCGAUGAACAGAAGGAAGUGGAUAUCGAAGGUCGACCUGCGAGACGGUCGACAAGAGAAAUAAAGAAAAAACACCCGGUUAAUGUGUAGAUAUAUGCAGAGGCUGAGUCCGAGUUGGCGUAACACUCUGUGUAUGUGUGUUAGUGCUUGUACGCAACUCGGAUAAAUAUUUUAGGCGAUA